AUGACUCGCCCACUCAGAGUCGCUGCCGUCCAAGUCGGGCGCAUUGAUCGCGACACGCCGCGUGUCGAGGUGCUCGCACGUUUGACAGCCCUCCUCGAAGAAGCUGCUUCAAAGGGCGUCCAGCUCGCUGUUUUUCCGGAGGUCACAUUCACCACGUUCUUUCCUCGGUAUGUUUUCACUCCGAGUGAGGCAACCGAGUUGAAUGCGUUCUAUGAAGUCGAGCACCCAGAGACCGGAAUUGUGGGCUCGACUAACGUGAAGGCUUUCUUCGAGCGAGCAAACGAGCUAGGAGUGGAUGUCGUUGUUGGGUACGCGGAGAAGUCUCCCGAAGGCACACCAUACAACACCGCCAGCUACGUGUCAAAGGGGAAAGUUCUCUCCAAGUACCGCAAGGUACACCUUCCUGGGACAUCUGAGCCUGUUAGCGAUCCAAAUGCAACGAAUCAGCUUGAAAAGCUCUACUUCCGUCCUGGAAAUUUAGGCUUCCAAGCAUUCAGAGCGCCGCACCUGAAGCACGAGACGAGAAGUCCGAUUGUGGGAAUGAUGAUUUGCAACGACCGAAGGUGGGCUGAGGGGUGGAGGUGCUAUGGGAUGCAGGGAACAGAAAUAAUGUGCAUCGGAUUUAACACUACUGCCUAUGCCCCUCUGCUGUGGGGGUCUGCUGAUAUGACGCAAGAUCAAUCCCGCGUGGAAGCAAUAUUCCACCAUAAACUCGUUGUUCAAUCCAACUCAUACAGCAACUCAACAUUCUGUAUCACCUCUGCACGCUGCGGCUGGGACGAUGGAAAGUUUGAACUCAUCACGGGCAGCAUGAUUGUUGAUCCAAACGGCCACAUCGUCGCGGAGAACAAGACCGACGGAGACGAAGUGGUGGUUGCCGAUAUUGAUCUAGAUGCCUGCGUGCAAGGAAAGACGAAGAUGUUCUGCUUCGAGAAGCACCGGCGCCCGGAACAUUAUGGCCUCAUAUCGGAAAGGGCUGGUGUUGUUGAGCCUGAAGAAGUUGCUUGAUCCUCUGGUGUGUAUGGCCAUGUCGUAUGUGUUAAGUUCUUGUGUAGGGAGCGUGUACAUUGUCAGCAUCGCUUGAUACUGGACGCGACGCGACUGAAUC